AUGUCACUACACCGCGUCUCGUCGAUCGAGACGUUCACUACCCUCCCCGCAGAGCAGCGGCUGAGAAGAUACUCGGAUGCCUCAACCCGCGCCCGGAAGUUGACCUUCAACCCCCUGCCGCAGGAAUGGGAUCCUCAGGCCACUCCUGAGCAGCCACAGGCUGUUGGCGCCUUUGAGGUGCCCAAGUGGAAACGACUGCUCCAAGUCGGUCUCGCCGUGGUAUACUGUUUCUUUGCGGCGGGUAUUGUCUUUGGGUACGCGGCUAUCAAGCCGGUCUUGAAAGCAGAAGGAGCUUAUCGAAAUGUGUGCUCUACUCCGGAUGACCUGCCCUCCAGCGAGGACACUUGCGUUGAGAUGCAUCUUAACAUGAUGUUCACGGUGGCUGCCGUGGCUACCAACGUCGCCGCCUUGCCGGUGGGAGCAAUCCUUGAUCACUACGGCCCCAGAGUCUGCGGCUUGCUAGCCAGUGUUUUCCUUACGGCGGGCGCUCUCUUGAUGGCGUUCGAAGCCCGGGUGCCAUUCGAUGGGUUGAUGCUCGGAUAUCUCUGCCUCGCAUUGGGCGGCCCCUUUACGUAUAUAGGCUCCUUCCAGCUGUCGAAUGCGUUCCCCCGCAACUCGGGCUUCAUCCUAGCGCUAUUAACGGGCGCUUUCGACGCGUCGAGUGCUUUGUUCCUGGGUUACCGUCUCAUCUACCAAAAAACUGAGGGCGCACUUGGCCAUCGGCGCUUCUUUCUCGGUUAUUUGAUCGUGCCGGCUGUCAUAGCACUCGCGCAGCUAACCCUGAUGCCGGCGCAAUCAUACAAGACGAUGGGCGAGCUGGUCAAGGAGAUGGAAGAAGAAGAGUCCGUCGCAGAUGCUGGGCCAUUCGACCAGGUAGACGAGGAGACGGCCUUGCUCCAAGAGGAGCAAAGACAGCACAGAGCCGACGUGAUUGAGGGCAUCCAGAACGUGCUCGGGUCUGCCGAGCCCGACCAAGAAACACGGCGCGAAGAGCGCCGGAACGACAUCUCGGGUGUCUGGGGAGUCAUGCAUCCAUACUCUGCCUGGGAGCAGAUCAAGUCGCCCUGGUUUAUUCUCAUCUGCCUCUUCACUGUUGUCCAAAUGACUCGCAUAAACUAUUUUGUCGCUACCAUCCGCCCGCAAUACGAAGCCCUGCUCGAAUCACACCAACUCGCGGUCCAGCUCAACAAUUUCUUUGACGUUGCCCUUCCGCUAGGGGGGAUACUUUCGAUACCCUUCAUCGGCACCAUCCUGGACCGCACCAGCACGCUCACAGUGCUCACUAUCCUCGUGUCGUGCGCCACUGCCAUCGGGCUGCUGGGCAUCAUCCCCCACGCGCUCUGGGCUGGGUACGCCAAUGUCUGCCUGUUUGUCAUCUACCGCCCGUUUUACUACACGGCUGUGUCCGACUAUGCCGCCAAGGUGUUUGGGUUCCGCACCUUUGGCACCGUGUACGGAACUGUCAUCUGUCUGUCCGGCGUGUUGAGCUUCUCCCAGGCUGCGCUGGAUUACCUGUUUGAGGAGGUCUUUGCCGGCAAUCCGGUGCCCGUGAAUGUGCUCCUCUUGGGACUGGGGCUGGGGGUUGGAGUUGGAUUGGUGGUGUUUGUGGGAGUGAAGGUGGGUUGGGGAAGGAGGAGGAAGAUGUGGGAUGGGGACGCGAGGGUGGAGAGGUAA